AUGGAAGGAAGCCGCAAUUUUAACGACAUAGUUGCAGAGCCACUCACGAGAAACAGCAGUGCUGAUUGGUUCGAAUGGGUUAAGAACUAUCUGAUAUCUCGAGAUCUUUGGGAAGUGACGAAUAGUAGCGCAAGACCAGACGAAGAUGAUUUGGAAGAUUUUGCUAAAUGGAGAAGAAACAACGCGGCAGCAUUGCACGUCAUCCGUAUCUCUUGUGGGCGUCCUAAUCACUCCCAUAUAAGAGGGGUCUCUGAAGCUAAUGUUGCAUGGGACAUUCUCUAUUGUACCUACCAUGAUAUUGCACCACGCCGUUCUUUCCCAGUGUUAACGGAGGCAGAAGAAUUAGAGAUGAGUAUUCUGCACAAGGCUAUAGCUAAAAACAACUGGUCGGCUGCAAAAGCAUCCAUUGAUCGCUAUCCUCAGGUAUUGGACGUAGAUUUUGCGAAGUCAAUGGGCGAAACACCUCUUCAUGUGGCUGCAAAGUUUGGGCAUCUGGGCAUAGUAGAGGAGCUGGUGAGAUUAGUUCCAGGAGAAUAUCUGGAGAUACGCGAUGCUUACUAUGAAAAUACUCCACUUGCAACUGUUUCACAUAGUGGAUUCAUCCCGGUUGCAGAAUGCUUGAUCAACAAAAAUGAAAAGGCACUUGCAAUUCCAACUGGAAACGACUGGGAGAUUCCUGCUACCUCGGCUUUUUAUUCUGGCCACAAGGAAAUGGGACAUUAUCUUUAUUCUGUCUCUCCUUUGCAAGUCUUCAAACCAGAAAACGGCACUGUGGGGCCUGAGUUCCUCCACGCCUGUUUGAGACGUAGAGAAUUCGGUAUUGCCUUGGAUUUGCUCCAAGGAUGCUCGGAGCUGCUUUUUGCUGCUGACUCAGACGGGGAACCAACAAUUCAGAAAAUUGCACACUAUCUUCAUAAUUUUCUUGACACAAGUCAACUUCCGUUCUGGAAGCGAUGGUUCUAUCACCAAGCUUAUGUUUUCUUUGAUCACUUUUGGGUGGAAGAUGUGAAAAUACCAUCAACCACAACGACUGGGCAUUUCUACGUAGAUAUUCAGCUAGAAGGCGAGAGCAACAAAGCUGGUCAAGGAAGGAAGGAAAUAUGUGAGAUGAAGUUGCGGCAUGCACAAGCAGCUGAUAUCCUAAACCUGGUUUGUGAGAAUCUGAUAUCUUUGAAUGAAGUAAAGCAGAAUAUGGUUAGAAAAGCACUGACAUCUGCAGCUGAAAGAGACAAUGUUGGGUUUUUGUUGCGAGUAAUGAUGGCAAGCCGGGAACUAAUCGAGCUGGACAGUCAUGGUGAGUCAUACAUGGAUAUUUUCUUCGAUGCUGUUAAAUACCGCAGAGCUGAGAUUUUCAACCUCCUCCAUGGUUUUCGCUUUAAGAAUAAGGUGGUAUCAUUAAUUGAUAAAAGGAACUCAAAUACCUUGCUGCAUGUGGCAGCCAUGUUGGCUCCUUCUACGUACCUUAAUAGCAUCCCCGGCGCCGCAUUACAGAUGCAGAGAGAACUGCAAUGGUUCGAGGCUAUUGAGAGUAUGACGGAUCCUGGAGAUAGGCUAGUUGUAAACAAGGACAAGUUGAUGCCUCUAGAGUAUUUCAAAACAAACCACAAAGAGCUGAGGGCUGAAGGAGAAAAAUGGAUGAAAGAAACAGCAUCUUCUUGCUCAGUUGUUGGGGCUCUAAUUGUUACCAUCAUGUUUGCAGCAGCUAUAACGGUUCCCGGAGGGAACAAUCAGAAUUUAGGUUACCCAAUAUUUAUGAAGGAGAGGUUAUUUAAAGUCUUUUUAAUUUCAGAUGCACUUUCCUUGUUUUCUUCCACAACUUCUGUGCUCACAUUUUUAGGGAUCCUCACGUCGCGCUAUGCAGAUGAAGACUUCCUUUACUCACUACCCACAAAAUUGAUAAUAGGUCUUUCUACACUGUUUCUAUCUAUUGCAACUAUGAUGAUUGCCUUUUCAGCAACCAUAAUGAUCAUGUUGCAAUAUCACUCAUCACGUUUAUGGGUUAUUCUUCCUGUUCUUAUACUUGCUGCUGUUCCAGUAACCCUCUUUGUAGUAUUACAAUUCCCUCUUCUUGUUGAAGUAUUUCGGUCUACUUAUGGUCCAGGCCUUUUCAAGAAGAAGGUGGUGACGUGGCCAUGA